AGACGUUGCUGAGGCUUCAAGAUGGCGGAAGCCCUGACAACUCAAGAAGAGGUGGCAGUGGAAGAGUUCCUGACUGAGUUAAGAUGUAGAGAACAGUCCCAAAAUGCCGGACUGGUCAGCGAGGUCACGGCAGUUAAGUUCCUUAUGGCACGCAAGUUUGACGUCUCUCGAGCCAUCGAACUCUUCCAGGCCUAUAAGAAUACCAGAAUAAAGGAGGGGAUCUAUAACAUUAAUCCAGAUGAAGAGCCCUUAAGAACAGAACUACUGAGUGGCAAAUUCACUGUUCUGCCGGGGAGGGACGCCAAGGGAGCAGCUUUGGCACUGUUCACUGCUCGUCUACACCGGCCAGACUUCACUACCCAUAAGGCCGUUCUUCAGGCCAUCAUAUAUCAGCUGGACAAGGCCAUUGAGAGUAUCCAGACACAGAGAGAAGGGCUCAUCUUCAUAUAUGACAUGAUGAACUCCACAUAUGCCAACUUUGACUAUGAGCUAUGUGUCAAAAUCCUCAACCUGCUAAAAGGUGCAUUCCCUGCCCGUUUGAAGUGUGUGUUCAUCGUGUCCUCCCCGCUCUGGUUCCGCGCCCCGUUUGCUGUGUUGCGUCUUUUUGUCAGAGAGAAACUGAGAGAAAGGGUGUGUACGGUGAAAGCCCAUGAGCUGGCGAACUUCAUCCCCGUCACCUCUCUCCCAGAGCAUCUGGGCGGCUCGUCCCAGUACAGUCACGUGGCCUGGAUCCAGUCCUGCGUCAACUCCGCCCAACCUCACUUACACAACGGCUCCAGCACGCCCAACACCACCUCCGACUGCCUGGGCACCCUCCUGCGCUCCUACACCCUGGAGGAGAGCCACGCGUCCAAUGCCACCAACGCCUCCACGCUCAACUCCAACUGCAUGCUGGAUGACAGCAAUGCUAACCUACAGAACCACUGUGUAGGCCAGGACAGGACUGGGCGGGGCUGUGAGCACUGGAACGGCUCCGCCCUACAGGGAGGGGUUAGGGUAACAGAGGGGACUUUGGGUUCCAGAGGGGAAGGACUGAUGAAAGAGAACAAGGAGGAGGGAGGCGCUCUGUUUCGGAACGCUAAUAUCAAUGGGCGCGGCCACCAGCCGCCCCCACAGUCCGACACGCCCCCGGACACGCCCUUGCACCAGAAACACGCGGUAGUGACCGACGGAGGAGAUGUUACCAUGGUAGUCGACGGGUCGGAUUCCGUCGACAACAGGGCGAGACAGGAAACGGGAACGGCCGCGGAAGAAGCGGAGGGUGUCGGAGUCCCACCUCUGCCACAGAAGUCGCCCCGCCCCCCGCCGCCUUCCCGCAGCCCGCCCACCCUGCGGUGGUUGCCGGGGACGACAGGGGAGCUGUCCGUACACAUGGCGGAGAGAGGGGGAAUGAGCGUGCAUGACUUAGUACAGCACGUCAAACGCAAGAAGAAAAAAGGCAUAUACCAGGAGUAUGAGGAGAUCCGCAAAGAACCUCCUGCUGGAACCUUUGACUACUCCAAGAAACCCUCAAACCAGAUUAAGAACCGGUACAGCGACGUCCUGUGUCUGGACGAGUCCAGAGUCCGACUGUGUCCGCUCAGCGAGGAAGAAGACGAGACAUCUGACUACAUCAAUGCCAGUUACAUGGAUGGCUACAAGAAUAAAAAUGCCUACAUUGCAACUCAGGGGCCUCUGCCAAAAACAUUUGGUGACUUUUGGCGCAUGGUGUGGGAACAAAUGGUUUUAAUUAUCGUCAUGACAACGAGGGUGAUGGAGCGAGGGAGGGUGAAGUGUGGACAGUACUGGCCUCUUGAGGAAGGACAAACAGAAGACUAUGGGUACUUUGUGGUGAGAAACAUGCAAAUUGAGAUGUUCCAGGAUUUUAAGCUCUCACACUUGGAGCUCUACAAUAGACAGACGGGGGAGAAAAGAGAAGUCUCUCAUUACCUCUAUAUGAGCUGGCCUGACUUUGGGGUGCCCAAGUCUGCGUCGGCGAUGUUGGAUUUCCGGGCUCAGGUGCGGCAGAGGCAGGAGACGGCGUUGAAGACGCUCUAUCCUGAUUGGACAGGGCCUCCAGGGGGCCCCCCAGUGGUGGUGCACUGUAGCGCAGGCAUCGGCCGAACAGGUACCUUCUGCACCUUGGACAUCUGUCUGUCGCGGCUGGAGGACAUAGGGACGGUGGACAUAAAGCAGACAGUGAGACGCAUGCGGACGCAGCGUGCCUUCAGCAUCCAGACCUGGGAUCAAUACUACUUCUGUUACAAAGCCGUCAUAGAGUACGCCCAGCAACGGGGCCUGCUGCAGCCCGUCGAGCUGUCCGACACCGAGCUGGAGACAGACAGCGAGUGACCCACAAAGAGAGAGAGAGAGAGAGAGAGACAGGAAAAACAGCACAGAGAGAAGAAGACGGAAAGCGUAUUUGUGUCGUGCUGUUUUUUUCUUCUUUUUAUCGUCCCCCUCCCCGGUUGUCGUCCGCUCACGCCUGGAGCCUACUGCCUCUACUCUCCAAUGAGAAACGAGAGUGGGAGAGAGAAAGAGAAGAGAAAAGAGAGAAGAAAAAAAGAGGAGAGUAUCCAUUCAUCCUGCCACUUUGUCGAGCCCUUGUUUUU